UUGGGGGUGUUUUGAAGGGUCCUGCUUUUGUCUGGUGCCUUCCCUUUAACGUCUCUCGGGUGUGUCUUGUCUCUCGGUCGGCUGCGAAGCAAAAAAAAUAAUAAAAAAUUUAAUAAUAAUAAAAAAGAUCUGGCCAGUCCCCUGUCCCACGGGCUUGUCUAGGUAUAAACUAGACUUUAUUCGCUCCGCCGAUCAUAGCUCCCAUUCCUCCUUUCGUACUUACAGAGGUCGCUCUUUUUGCUCCUGGCUUCUGCGGAACACAUACUAAACAUCAGAGGCUUCGCUGGUAUCAUUCAAUUGAUUACCACCUCACCCUCCUUGCCGUAUUCAUUCUAGAUCUAGAUCCCCACACACCUCCUUCUGACCUCUCAUAUACUCCCCAAAGCCACCUCUCCCACACCCACUCUUCACCAUGGCUGACGUCGCUACUCCCCCCGCCGCCUCGGCCACUGACAAGAGGCCAGCCAAGCCUGAUGAGGACGCUUACAAGAAGCAAUUGGCCGAGGCCGAGAAGACGCACAAGGCCAACAUGGACAAGUUCAACGCCAUCAAGUCCAAGCUCGAUCUCGCCCAGCCCAACAAGAACAAGGACGAGCAGAGCCCUACCCAGAAGCGCAGAGCCGAGCUGAUCGCCGAGGUCAACGAGAUCCGCAACAAGCAGGGCGCCGGCAAGAAUGCACGCAACACCAAGCUUGACCAGCUGAAGCGCCUCGACGAGCAGCUCAAGUCUCGCAUCGCCGAGCAGAAGACCGCUCGUGGCAAGGUCAACUUCAAGAGCGUCGAGGACGUCGACCGCGAGAUCGCCAGCCUCGAGUCCCAGGUCAACACUGGCAUGAUGAAGCUCGUCGACGAGAAGAAGGCCCUGACCGAGAUCUCCAACUUGAAGAAGCAGCGCAAGAACUUUGCCGGCUUCGACAACUCCCAGAAGGGCAUCGAUGACCUCAAGGCCAAGAUCAAGGAGAUCAAGGACAGCAUGGAAGACCCCGAGCAGAAGGCCCUGAGCGACCGCUACAACUCGCUCCAGUCCGAGCUCGACCAGAUCAAGGCCGAGCAGGACGACGUCUACAAGAACCUCAACGCCCUGCGUGACGAGAGAAGCAAGCUGUACACCCAACAGCAGGAGUCGUGGGCCGCCAUCAAGAAGAUCAAGGACGACCACUUCGCCGGUGUCCGGGCCAACAAGGCCCACGAGGCCGAGGCACGUGCCCGUGCUCGUGAGCGACAAAAGGCCGAGCGUGAGCGCUACGACAAGGAGAAGAAGAUGGAGCGUGCCCAAAAGAUCCUCCAAGAGGCCAGCGACCCUGCCUACCUUGAGGAGAUCCGCCGCGCCACCGGCCUGCUGCACUACUUCGAUCCCUCCAACCACGCUGCCGAGAAGGCUCCCCUCCUCGCCAACAAGGGUCUUGGUGCCGAGGCUGCUCGCAAGGUCGACGACAGUGGCUUCAAGGGCAUGAAGGUCGCCAAGAAGGAUGAUGACGAAUUCUUCAUUGCGCCAAAGUCCAAGGGCAAGAAGGGCAAGAAGACCAAUGCUCCCGCCGAGUCCAAGAGCACUGGCUUCAACUGCCCGCCCUCGGUCAUCGACGACUGCUCCUCCCUUGGCAUUGCGCCGCCCAUGAAGUCCGAGGACGUGCCCGCUGCCGUUGACGAGAUCAAGAAGAAGCUCAACACCUGGAAGGAGGACCAAGCCGCCCAGACCCAGCGCAACGUCGAGAAGGCCAAGAAGGAGAUUGAGCGCCUCGAGGCUGAGGAGGCUGCCGAGGCCAACGGCGCCAAUGGCGACAAGAAUGUCGACGAGGCUGCUGCCGGCGUCAAGGACACUUCAUUGGAAGAGAAGUCGGAGUAGAGUUCCGGCUCCAAAUCUGGUGGGGGUGCUCCUGUAAAAAUACCUGAAGAUACCCUCGACCCAUUUCCACCUCUCCCUGCAAUGUACAUUGCACCUGUGGACGUUCCUCUCCCUCCCUCGCCUUCCAAAACAGGCCCUACAGUAAUCACCGUCUAAUCGACAUCGAACCCCUCUCGGUGUGUCAGCCGCAGGGCUUCUCAGGCUUCUGCAUGCUAGUGUAUCUUCCUUGUUUCGCCUUUCUCCCUAUAGUCAUGAUUGUUUUCUUAGCCUAGGUUCUGGUUUAGGGAGGAAGAAAUGGCAUUUCAUCGAGCGUAGGUGUCAUCGUUUCCGGCAUAGCCUUAAGUCAUAUAGCAGGAAGUAGGAAAUACACAAAAGUUUUGCGGCGGCUUACGUUCAUAA